GCCCCCGCCGCACCACUUCCGGCAGGCGCUGCGCUGCUGGGGGGCGCGGGCGAGGAUGGCGGCGGAGAACGAGGCCAGUCAGGAGAGCGCCCUGGGCGCUUACUCGCCCGUGGAUUACAUGAGCAUCACCAGCUUCCCGAGGCUGCCGGAGGACGAGCCGGCGCCCGCGGCCCCUCUGAGGGGCCGCAAGGACGAGGACGCCUUCCUGGGAGACCCCGAUACCGACCCGGACUCCUUCCUGAAGUCUGCGCGGCUGCAGCGGCUGCCUUCGACGUCGUCGGAGAUGGGCAGCCAGGACGGGUCGCCGCUGCGGGAGACACGCAAGGACCCGUUCUCUGCGGCAGCGGCCGAGUGCUCCUGCCGCCAGGACGGGCUCACAGUCAUCGUCACGGCUUGCCUCACUUUUGCCACGGGUGUCACUGUGGCGCUUGUCAUGCAGAUUUACUUCGGGGACCCUCAGAUCUUUCACCAGGGUGCCGUGGUGACUGAUGCUGCCCAUUGCACAUCGCUGGGCAUCGAGGUGCUCAGUAAACAGGGAUCUUCCGUGGAUGCCGCUGUGGCAGCAGCCCUGUGCUUGGGGAUCGUGGCUCCACACAGUUCUGGCCUGGGCGGUGGCGGCGUGAUGCUGGUACAUGACAUCCGACGAAAUGAGAGCCACCUAAUUGACUUCCGGGAGUCUGCACCAGGGGCCCUCAGGGAAGAGGCCCUGCAGAGAUCCUGGGAAACCAAGCCUGGGCUCUUGGUGGGGGUCCCCGGAAUGGUGAAGGGGCUACAUGAAGCUCACCAGCUCUAUGGCAGGCUGCCAUGGUCCCAAGUCCUGGCCUUCGCAGCAGCUGUGGCCCAAGAUGGCUUCAACGUGACCCAUGAUCUAGCCCGAGCCCUGGCCGAACAGCCGCCGCCCAAUGCAUCUGAGCGUUUCCGUGAGACAUUCCUGCCAUUGGGCCACCCGCCACUACCUGGCUCACUGCUGCGUCGGCCUGACCUGGCUGCAGUGCUGGAUGUGCUGGGCACCUCUGGCCCCACCGCCUUCUACGCAGGAGGCAAUCUUACACUGGAGAUGGUGGCUGAGGCUCAACAUGCAGGGGGUGUCAUAACUGAGGAGGACUUCAGCAACUACAGUGUCCUCGUGGAGAAUCCUGUGUGUGGCGUCUACAGAGGCCACCUGGUUCUCAGUCCCCCACCCCCGCAUACAGGGCCUGCCCUCAUCAGUGCUCUCAACAUCCUUGAAGGCUUCAAUCUUACCACCCUGGUGUCCCGGGAACAGGCUCUUCACUGGGUGGCAGAGACCCUGAAGAUUGCAUUAGCCCUGGCCAGCAGACUGGGAGAUCCUGUCUACGAUUCUACCAUCACUGAGAGCAUGGAUGACAUGCUCAGCAAGGUGGAAGCUGCGUACCUCCGGGGCCACAUCAAUGACUCCCAGGCGGCUCCUGCUCCACUCCUGCCUGUCUACGAGCUGGAUGGGGCUCCCACGGCUGCCCAGGUGCUGAUCAUGGGCCCUGAUGACUUUAUCGUGGCCAUGGUCAGCUCCCUGAACCGGCCCUUUGGCAGUGGCCUCAUCACUCCCUCGGGGAUCCUGCUCAACAGCCAGAUGCUAGACUUCUCCUGGCCCAACAGGACUGCUAACCACUCUGCUCCCAGCCUGGAGAAUUCGGUGCAGCCAGGGAAGCGACCACUGUCUUUCCUGCUGCCCACUGUGGUCCGGCCGGCAGAGGGGCUCUGUGGGACCUACCUCGCACUGGGGGCCAAUGGAGCUGCCCGGGGCCUCAGCGGCCUGACCCAGGUUUUGCUGAAUGUCCUGACCUUGAACCGGAACCUGAGUGACAGCCUGGCUCAUGGCCGUCUGCAUCCAGACCUGCAGUCUAACCUUCUGCAGGUGGACAGUGAGUUCACAGAGGAAGAGAUUGAGUUCCUGGAAGCCAGGGGUCACCAUGUGGAGAAGGUAGAUGUCUUAUCCUGGGUUCAUGGCAGCCGGAGAACCAACAACUUCAUCAUUGGUGUGAAAGACCCUCGGAGCCCAGACGCAGCUGGAGCCACCAUCCUGUAGAGCAGCAGGGUGGGGUGGGGGUCUCUGCUCCCCACCUUUGCAUGUUCUUAGAGUCCCUCCUUCUCCCAGGUUUGGUCUCAGGAGAACCCCAGGGAUGCCCCAGAUCAUGGGCCAGAGGGGAUGCUUAACAAACCCUAUCCGAGAGUAACUGGAAAAUUCUCUAUCCAGAGGCCUGUGGUGGUGGUGGUGGCGGUGGUGGUGGUGAGUGUCAGUGUCCACAACCAGGCAGACAGGGCCUUGAGGAGUCAGACUGUCUGCCUCCUUUCCUUCAGCCAUGCUGGCCCAGAGCUUAGGGAUGUGCUUGCAAAACCUUCUCAAGGGUCCUCACAACCCCAACAUCUCCAAUCUGGCCUGACCUGGACCUUGUCUUCCAGCUCCCUUCUCCUGUCCCCAGCCUCAUUUCUUAAAUGACUAGGAUUUUUUAAAUGGACCAUCCUGGGGAGGGGGUGCUCCUCUCUUCCUCCCACCAAGUUGAGGUGGGGCCUUGCAUCUGGGGGUUCCCAGGUUGUGGGUAGGGGUGGGGGUGGGGACCAGCUCAGGGGCUUCUAUUUGCAAAGGGGAAUUAAAGAAGACUAUUGCUUAA